AUGGCACGCGCAAUUGAUAUUGGGUGGAAUCCAUCAACUAUGAAACAUCAUUUGAUCAAAACCUCAGCUUCAGGUUCAUCGAGUUUCAACGAAGAAGUUGUCAUUAACCACUAUAUUCAUCGCAUCGUCCCAAAUGUUAAGCGAUUAUUUGGACAAGAUAAAUGCCUUACCGGCUUCUUUGACUAA